CCAAAAUGUGCCCGCUGUCGCAAUCACGGCAUCGUCUCCGGUCUCAAGGGCCACAAACGCGACUGUCCCUGGCGCGAGUGCCGCUGCGCCUGCUGUCUUCUCGUAGUCGAGCGCCAACGGGUCAUGGCCGCCCAGGUGGCGCUGCGACGUCAACUCCAGGCACGAGAAAACUUAGAAGCCGCUAAUGCCACGGCUACCCUGUCGACCUCGUCAACGAAUCAAAGAGCUGUUGCGGCUUACGAGAGAAAAUUGAGGAACUUUCAAAGGCACCGGCUGCAACUCACGAGGACGAGGAUCAGCGUAACGCGGGAUCUGCAGAUCGUCGACGCGGUGCCGGUUAUCGCGCAGGAACACGUUUACCCAAUGCCGUCGGAACUAAACGGCAGCGAUCACUCGGUGGACUUGCAGAGACUGUGCUCCAUCUAUUCGCAGACGCCUCUACUAUCGUACGUGCAGAGCAUCACGCCGGUUGUUACCGGCAAGCCGGCCGGCGUUAGUUCGACGCCGGAGAUCGAUAAAAAGUCCAAGAUAUCGUUCAGUGUCGAGUCUAUUAUUGGGAGGAGUGAAUGA